UGGAAAAAGAUAAACCCCUUUUUAUCCUUUAAGGCUUUCGCAAAAAUCCCUCCAUUUUUUUGAUGGCUUCCUAUCUUUGUUUCAAUCUCACUGCACUCUAUUCUCUCUACCCCAUCCCCACCCAGAGAAGCUUCACUCCGAUACGUUGCGGUCCACGAGACAAUCGUGGACCUCUCGUCAAAGGCCGCAUCUUAAGCACAGAAGCAAUCCAAGCCAUCCAGUCCCUCAAACGGGCCUAUCGAAACUCUUCACCAACGACGACGAAUACCCAACUCCCUUCCCUCUCCCGCCUCAUCAAAUCCGACCUCCUCGCCACUCUACUCGAACUCCUACGCCAAGACCAAUGCAUCCUCGCCCUCCACGUGCUCUCGACCGUCCGAUCAGAAUACCCGCCUCUACACUUGACUUUGUACGCUGAUGUUGUCACGGCGUUGGCCAGGAGCCAACUGGGGGGCGAGAUUGACGGGUUGAUUGGGGAGAUGGAAGCAAUCGAGUGCGAUGAUGAGAAGGCGCUUGUGAGGUUGAUAAAGGGUGUUGUAGGGGCUGGGAGGAGAGAAUCAACGGUCAGGAUAUGUGGAUUGAUGAAGGAAAAUGGAGUGGGGUCCAGGAAAAGAGUAGGGCAGUAUGUGGUGAAAGUGUUGAGUAAAGGAUUGAGAAGGUUCGGGGAAGUGGGUUUGGCUUUGGAGGUGGAGAGUGAAUUUGGUGGGUCGUCUAGGGUUAAUUUGGACAAACUCAGAAUAUAGAGAGAAAAGAAUGGGCUUUUUUUGGUGAAAAGCAUAGAGAAUUUUUCUUUACCUUUUUUGGUUCUCUUAUGUAUUUUUUUGUAUUUGUAAUUAUAGAAUAUAUGUUUGAUGUGUCA